AUGGGGACGUCCGCACCAGUAGCCUCGAGGGUUGACGCCAAGUCACCUGUGCGCUCUAAGAACCCCUCGCCGCCACGUCGUCCAGACGCAAAGUCCGACCCGACAUCCAAACCCGACGCUGCGUCCAAUGCUUCAAUCGCGAAACCUCUCGCCCCCCCUCCCCGACCCGGCCAACAAGGAAACAACACUCCAGACUACUUUGCGCCCCAGCCUGGCGGCUCCCUCAGCCUGGAGCCCAAUCCCUUUGAGCAGUCCUUUGGAGGAGGUGGUCCCGAGACGCCCGGAGGCACCAAGUUGCCCUCUGUCGCGGCCUUGACCUCGCCCUCUUCUCUUCUGCCCGGCACUGGUACGACACCUUUCAACUGGGGCCCAGGUUCUCUGCGCACCGGUCCCCUUAGUCCUGCCAUGCUGUCCGGCCCGGCUACCGAUUACUUCACGGAAGGUCACCUUCGCGGCGGCUUUCCCACUCCCAACGAGUCCUCGUUGCGGUCUGGCUUGACCCCUGGCGGCAGUGGUUCCAUGUUCCCCGCGCCAAGUCCUAACUCCCAAGCUCUCUUUGCUCAGCUCGCCAGCGGCGGCGCCACCCCCAGUACGCUCGACUUUCAUCGCACGGCUUUGAGUGCCGCUGCCAAGCGCGAACAACAUAAUCAGUCACAUAAUCAACAACAGGCCGUGCAAGCGCAGUCGCAAGCCGCGGCGCAGCAGCCAGCCACCACACAACCCCAAGACAUGUCCAACGGCACAAUAGUCAAGGAUGAGGCCAAGCCCUCUUCGGGUCCGUUUAAUGGCCAUGACAACGACGCUGCAAAUGGUCUCUAUCUGCUUGCCCGCGGCAGGGAAGGGCUGAGCCCUUCUGCGCACCACGCACAUCCUGCCUUAGCAGCCGUACCAAAGGCCAAUGCCAACACAGUUCAGCACGUCCGUGGUGCCAGUGAGGCCACCAACGGCUCCGAGGAAAAUGACGACGCGAAACCUGCCCGCGGUAGAGGCAAGAAGACACCAGCCAACAAUCGCAGAAAGGCCGAUGAGCCUCCUGCCAAGGCGCCACCGGCCAAGAAAAACAAGGGGGCCGCCUUUCCUCCUCCGCCUAGUGAACCAUCCGAUGUCUCUGAAGACGAGGAUGAUAACGACCCUUCCAAACCCAAGAUGACUGACGAGGAAAAGCGGAAGAACUUUUUGGAACGCAAUCGGGUUGCUGCUUUGAAAUGUCGGCAACGCAAGAAGCAAUGGCUAGCCAAUCUUCAGUCCAAGGUUGAGAUGUUUAGCAGCGAGAAUGAUGCGUUGACAUCUCAAAUCACUCAGCUCCGCGAGGAAGUGGUCAACCUCAAGACUCUAUUGCUCGCUCACAAGGACUGCCCCGUUACCCAGCAGCAGGGCAUUCAGGGAGCCUAUAUGCAGCCGGUUAUGGAACCUUUUCCGAAUCCGCAGAUGAACCCUUACGUCAUGUCUGGGCCCAUGUCUAACCAGCAGCAGGUCAUGGCUGGCCAAGGCGUCCCGCGCCGAUUCUCCUAG